CUGUCUGAAGCAAGCGCCACACUGGAGCACUAAUGAGCAAGGCUGAGAGCAACCCAACACAGAUCUCCCAUCAGCUGAGGAGCAGCAGCAACUCUGACGGCAUCUGAGGCAACGAGGCAGAGGACUGAUCUGCAGUCAGCGUGGGGAAGCGGCUGUAAAAAAAAAAAAAAAAAAAAGAGGCGAAUGACAGCCCUGGGAAAGGCGUAGGAGAGGUCGUGAGGUGGCUUCAAAGGCAAAUUAGCAGCCAGUUGAUAGAGUUGAGAGGAGAGGACCGCUCCAGUGCAACAGCCCCGACCUUCCCCACGCUCGGAGGCUGACCCUCAGCGUGCUCUUUCUGAAGACGAAAGGACCUUUCCCCUCCCCGAGGAGCUCAGCCAUGGAGGAGAUGCUCACCUGCAGCCGGAGCCCUUUCUCUCAGGUGUUUGGGCGUCAGGGUCAGCUCAUGCAAGCCACUGUGCAGUCUCUGAACAGCCUGAAUGACCAGAUUGCAAACUUCAUGGUGACUGGACCCAAGUCUCUUGAGCAGGAGGAGCCUGCCUUUCCUCCCCCUGAGAAGGAGACCCUGCAGAAGUCCAUGACCCUGAUGAGGCACCUCCUCGUGGAUGCUCAGGCAAAAAUCCUGAAAAUGAUGGAUGACAACAAGCAGUUGGCCCAGCGCAUCGAUGGGGCCAUCCAGUCGGCCAGCCAGGAGGUGACCAACCUGCGGUCAGAGCUGAGCGCCACCAGCCGCAGACUUGCCGAGCUGGGGGCGACCGACUCCUCUGCCAGCAUGCUCGAGACCCUGCAGCACAACCACAACGAUCCCUCUCCCCAUGCGAGGCAGAAGCCACCGGCCGCUGACCUCAGCUACAAGACCGAAAUCAGCAGUCUCAUGGACUUCAACUCUCCAGACGCCUCCCUGGACAAGGUUCUGCUGCGUGAGGAGGUGGCCCAGCUCCAGGAGGAGGUGCACCUGCUGCGGCAGAUGAAGGACAUGUUGAGUAAGGACCUGGAGGAGACCCAGGGAGGCUGCUCGGCCGACGUGCUCUCUGCCACCGAGCUCCGCGUGCAGCUGGCUCAGAAGGAGCAGGAGCUGGACCGAGCCAAGGAGGCUCUGCAAGCCAUGAAGUCAGACCGUAAGCGUCUGAAGGCAGAGAAAGCGGACCUGGUGAACCAGAUGCAGCAGCUUUAUGCCACUCUCGAGAGCCGGGAGGAGCAGCUCCGCGACUUCAUACGCAACUAUGAGCAGCACAGAAAAGAGAGCGAGGAUGCGGUGAAGGCACUUGCCAAGGAGAAGGACCUGCUGGAGAGAGAGAAGUGGGACCUGCGGCGACAGACCAAGGAAGCCACAGAGCACACAGGGAUGCUGCGCUCUCAGCUCGACCUCAAGGAGAACCGCAUCAAGGAGCUGGAAGCUGAACUGGCCAUGGCCAAACAGUCACUAGCCACCCUGACCAAGGACGUGCCCAAGCGUCACUCUCUGGCCAUGCCCACGGAGACAGUCGUCAACGGCAACAACCAGGAGUGGGUGAUGCAGGCCGACCUUCCCCUGACUGCUGCCAUCAGACAAAGCCAGCAGACCCUGUACGUCCACGCAGGGCAUCCCACUGACAGACAAGUGGCUGCUGUGCGGGUGAGCCCGUGCCACUCGCGUCAGCCUUCCAUCAUCUCCGACGCCUCAGCAGUGGAGGGGGACCGGUCGUCCACACCCAGCGACAUCAACUCGCCGCGCCAUCGGACUCACUCCCUCUGCAAUUCCCUAGAAGAUCUGGAGGAGGCGAAGCGUAAGAAGAAGAAAGAGAAGAUGGGGCUUGGCUCUCUGUCACGUGUCUUUGCACGGGGAAAGCAGCGCAAGUCCCUCGACCCGGGUUUGUUUGAUGGUACUUCAACACCUGAUUAUUACAUAGAGGAAGAUGCAGACUGGUAAAGCACACAUGUCCGAGCGAUCCACCUGGAGAGCCGUUGUGGCAAUUAUGAGAAGACAGAAUUGUGUUGAAGCGCGAGUGUGCGUCUGUGCGUCUGUGUGUCUGUGUGAGAGGACGGGUGUGUGUUUGGUGUCAGCGUGUACAGAUAUAAUAAUGUGUGUGCCUGUGCAGUCUCACACGUAUGCAUACUUAAUGUGUGUAUGCGCGCGAGAGUGCAUGCAUGUGUGUGUCGUCCAUGGUCAGAAGCCAUGUCAGAAGCCUGAGGCGCGUCUUGCUUCGCUGAAGUGUAAACCUUAACGAGCAAAUUGCACCUGUAUGUAUGUACAGUCCUGUAAAUAGAGUGAACAGUGUAACACAGCGACCAUGUGGAUAUGUUCUAUUGUAUCUGCCCUCCAAAACGGCUGUGUUAUUGGAUCUUUUAAUUGUUCUUUACACUUUGACUUUUUGUUUUCACUCAACUGGAAACUUGAAGGACUGCUGUACUUGUAAAUAACAACAGUUGAUGUGCACACUGUGCGUGUAAAUGUCUCCUUGUCCUGAAUGCCGUUAUUUUGGACAUGUACUCCCCCUCCUCUCACUACCUUUUAACUCAAACUCCUCCCUGUUUAUUGUCCUGCUUGGUCCAUCCCCCCUCCUUCCACACUGCCAUAAUGAGAACAGUUUCCUGUAGGCAACAUGCAGACUCCUCAAAUCCACCUCCAAUUCGGUUGUACAGCACGUCCCUCAACCGCCAAGAAAACUGUGCAGAGGUGCACUCCUUGAUGUUUUCUCAAAUGAGACUUCAAAGAUGUUGCUAAGUGAGGAAUGAACUUUCUAUGCAGAACAGUUUGUUCCACAGCACCAUGACGCCAAACAGGAAAUGUAAGAAAAUGUGUUUUCUAUCUGUUACGAUAGAAGGUACAUGACCGAGGUACAUGUGUGACAUGCAUGCACAUAGUCCCAGUCCCCAAAUGCAUGUUUAACAAAACCCUACAAAACACAAAUGUCUUUCUCUGGGUAUGUUGUCCAGAAGAUCUUUUUUUUUUUUUUUUUUUUUUUAAUAAAAAAAAAAGAGAGGUCAGUUACUGAUUUCAUGAUGUUUAUUCAUGAUUUCCUACAUUUUAAAUGAAAUGAUUAGAUUUGCAAACUUGACCCUCUGCUGUUCAAAACGUGCUCCCAUUAACAGUCAAGAGCUUAACAUCCCAAACUUAAGGUAGAGUGUUUUAAUCUGCACCGACAAGGCUCUUCAUGCAAAAUUACAUUUGAAAUAGUAAAGGUUAACAAAGUCAACAGUCACAAAGAAAACCCAGCACUACACUUUGAAUGAUGAAAUAAUUAUUCCACUUAUUCAUGAGGCUUUAUGCCACUUUCUUCUUGUAGGGAUCUUACAGUCUUACUUUACAGCUUGUAGCUAUGCUUUUAUUAAUACUUAAUGAGGCUUUUGGGAGUAGAAUUAUUCUGGGAAAAGUCAAUUUAAAAAAAGAAAGCUAUUAUCUAAAAAUAAGUAAUAGCAUAAACAUCAAUUAUAUACGCAUAGUAGAUAUUAGACUGAUUAUAAAGGCUUUUCCAUACCUCACGAAUUAGGUCAUUUUACAAGAAAAUCAGAGCUUCAAUUUAGAGGCCGGAGCAUGGAGCAGACAUUGACUGAACUACUGUUACAAUAAUGAGUGCCAAUUCUGAAGGUUAAAAAUCUGAUUUAAGCGGACUAAUCUAACUGAAGCAAAUGCAUACCUUCUCCCAUGACCCAAUGAACUCAACAAAAAAAAACUUUGUUGCAAAGUUCAGGCCAUUGCUGCAAAAAGCAAUUAACUUUGUGCCAAAGGUUAAUAGCAUUUCUUCAAGCAAAAGAAUGACUACAGACAUUGGAUUAUUUUCAUCCUUUUAGUGGAUUGAGCCGGAGUCUGCACUGCCCCCCCAGGAAAUCUUUUCUCUCCCCGAUAUUAAACUAACACUGGGUAUUUGUCAGUCUCACCUGAAACACUGUAGAGUCACAGAUUACAUUGGAGCUGUAUUUUAACCACAAUGCUUGUCAAAGGAGCGUCCGCAUAAGCAGUGAGGGGAUUAUCAGUUAACCCUUAGCUCAUCCUACAUUUGGGCUCAGAUAUUGGAUUUAGAGGUGAAUUGCAGAGAUAAUUCAAAGAUAAGUCAUCAUGUAUUAAAUUGUAUGUAUAGGAACAAAGGCUCAACCAGUUUAUCUCAUUAAACAUUCAGUGAAAAUGUAAGGAAAUCUAGGCUAUUUUUUAUUUUUUCAUGUAACCAACCUUUAUGGUUCCCUGCUGAUGGGGGAAAAACAUAUCAAAUGAAAAACAUUGUAUCAUUUUAUGUUUUGAGCCACGGUCUCUUUGUUUUUUAUUUUCCACAAAUAUUUUCCUUUUUGUAGAUGAGAUAACAUUGCAGAAAUGAAAUUAAUAUUAUUAUUAAAGAGUUUUAUUUAAAGUCAAAGAUGUAGGCCUCACUGGAGGACUUCUAUUAUGAGGUCCUGAGAUGUUUAGAAGUGGCUAGUAGCGAACUUUUAAAGGCAUGGCAACAAAAUUACGCUCAAAAGAACUAAAUGAGAAAAAUAAGAUUAUUUUAAAAUGAAAUAAAUAACGUUGAAUUUC